UGUUUUAUGGGCAUUAAAACAGAACACGUGUCCCCAAAACGUAUAAUUCAUGCGCAUAAGCACGGGUGCAAGAUGUUAUGCGAAGCUCGAUGACACCGAAGUAUUUAACACUAGGCGAAUCGCGCGGCGCCCGCUCAGUCGCGCGACACACGCGACGCAUGCGCAGCCUCAAUUGCUGAAGAGUAACACGCAUCCACACUCGCUCAUUAAUAACAUUGACCAUUAGAUAAAAAGGCUCCCCGAAAUGGGGCACAAAUUUGCAACAUGGUCAUUAUGGCUAUUGAUGCUAUACGCCAAUGUAUUAGCGUCUCCACAUACAUCCCCUAGGACCUUCACACAAAGUGCAGUUGAGACAGUUCCGUACCACGAACCCAUUGCUCCACCCGUACGAGCAUCCGUUGAAAGUGUACCGCUCAGGAGUAUACGCGAUGAAGGGGAAGGCAGAGUACCCCUGCGUGAUGCAGUUGAAAAACGACCUAUUGAAGUCUACGACGGAGACUCGGCGUUUAAAUUCGCGGAGGAUGCAGAAGUUAUACCCAAUAAUUUAAAAGAUUAUUACGGAGCGGCAACGUAUCUUAACAACAGCACUAACCGCAAUGAUGAAAGACUUCAACUAGGAAAUGCAAAUUUACAAGAAAUGCAUCAGACAUCUGGUGGGAGUGCAGUUCGCCGGAUCGUAGUGUGCUAUGUCGAGUCCUGGGCUGCAUAUAGGGCACCACCUUUGGCCUUUACCGCAAGCUUGGUACCUCGCUCCUGUACGCAUUUACAUUAUGCCUUCGCUACCGUACAUCCUCAUACAUACGCCGUGGUGCCAUCAAAUGAAGACUACGAUGUCGUUAAAGGUGGCUACCGUAUCGCCACGGGCUUAAAACGUCGCAUUCCUGGAUUGAAAGUUAUUCUAAGUAUCGGGGGAGAAGGAACUGAUCGCCUAUUUAGUGAAAUAGUGCAAGAGCCAAUAAGACGCAGUUUAUUUAUUGAAAGUGCUUUGAACUUCUUGCAAGAGCAUGAUUUUGACGGUCUGGAUCUUCAUUGGGUUUAUCCGGGCGAAAAAGAUGACAAAGAACGGGAAAUGCUCACGUCUCUACUUUAUGAAAUAAGGGAAAAAUUUUCGCCAUACGGACUUCUUCUUUCAACCGUGCUACCACCGUUCAGAUAUCAAAUUGAAGACGGAUACGAUCUCAGUGCUGUAAGUGGUGCAACAGAUUAUACGAUCUUGCAAGCUUGGGACAUGACUCACGGGAAAAGAGACGAUCCUCCCGCCAGAGCUGUACAGCACAGCGCUUUACACAGAGAUCCUGGAGCAGCCUCCAGGGACCAACGAUAUGACAACAUCGAAUUCAUGGUGAAAUAUAUAGUUCGACACGGAAUGGCCCCUGAAAAAUUAGUGCUCGGCAUACCUUUAUUCGGUCGCAGUUAUACCUUAGCACCAUCGACACAUCCGUCACCGGGAGCUCUGAUAAGCGGCUGGGGAGAAGAAGGGCCUUACACUCAAACCAAAGGAUCUUUAGCUUACUUUGAGAUUUGUAUGGCAGAAAGGGAAGGUAAAGGAGUCACUGGGGUAGAUGACGCUGGUAAUUCAUACGCUGUAUUCGACAAUCAAUGGGUUACUUACGACACACCAUCAACUGUUAUAGAAAAGAUGAAAUUUGUGAUAAACUCAGGUUUAGCUGGAGCGGCAGCUUGGGCAAUUGACAUGGACGAUUUCAGAGGACUAUGCGGCUCUCCAUUCCCUAUACUUGGCGCCAUUUCAGUCACUUUGAACGGUGAAGCUGUCCAAACCGACCAGUCGUCUUUGAAAAUUGGAUCUUGCGAUUCAGACACCCCCUAUCUUGCCUCAGACGAAGAUUCUUGUGCUCAUUUCCAUUUCUGUACUGGUGGUAUCAGCUACAGGAUGUCAUGUGAAGAGCAGCGAUUAUAUGACCCUUCAACAGGUUUUUGUGGACAUCAAGAUGUUGCUAAAUGCCUGCCUGGACAAAGCCUCAGAAUAAGUGUUGAAGACGCAGCAGGUUACCUAUCGCAAGUUUACGAAUCGGACUUUGUGUGGAACCAAGCGCCUGUCAAAGAAAUUUGGCAUGAUGUAGAGCGACUUACUUUCGACGAAGUUGAUAUUAAGAAAAACAAAGAGAACGACAAGCGUGUCGUUUGUUACAUGACGAGCUGGGCUUUCUACAGACGUGGAGACGGAAAGUUUGUGCCGGAGCACAUCGACACACGGCUUUGCACCCACGUGAUAUACGCAUAUGCCUCGCUAUCUGCAGAUGAACUAAUUGCCAAAGAGUUCGAUCCUUGGGCAGAUUCAACCAAUAAUCUCUACGAAAGAGUAACGUCUUUGAAAGAUGUAAAGGUGCUGUUAGGUUUGGGAGGUUGGACCGACUCCGCUGGUGACAAAUACUCUCGCUUGGUCUCGUCCGCAGCAUCGCGAUCAAAAUUCAUAGAGAAAGUGAUACCAUUCCUGAGAGCGAAUAAUUUCAAAGGUCUUCAUUUAGAUUGGAACUAUCCAGUUUGCUGGCAAAGUAAUUGCAAAAAAGGAGCUGUUUCUGAUAAACCAAAUUUCGCGAAGUUUGUUCAGGAACUAGGUAAAGCAUUACACAGCGCUGAUAUGGAGCUUGGCGUCGCAAUAUCAGGGUACAAAGAGGUUAUCGAGUCCGCUUACGACUUUCCAUCUAUAUCCAGAGACGCAGAUUUCCUCAGUGCUAUGACGUAUGAUUAUCAUGGAGGUUGGGAGAGAAAGACUGCGCAUCACACACCAUUAAUCCCACCGACUAAGGAUGCUCUUUCUUAUUAUUCUGUCGAAUAUGCAAUCAAAGCAAUUAUAAGUGGUGGAGCGGAUCCAAAGAAAGUUCUCCUUGGAUUGUCGUUCUACGGUCAGUCAUAUAGAUUGGCGGAUAGCAAUGGACCGAAGGGUCCUGGGGCUCCAGCGGCGGGACCUGGUGAACCCGGAGAGUUCACCAAACAACCCGGAAUGAUGGCUUACUAUGAAAUUUGUUAUAGAGUUAAAAAUUUGCGCUGGAAAACCGGUAGGCAGGAAAGUGCAGGUCCAUACACUUACUCAGAUAACCAAUGGAUCGGAUAUGACGACCCAACGUCUAUCACCGAAAAGGUGGAAUGGGCAAUGCGUCAAGGUCUAGGCGGUGUGACUGCUUGGGCAAUAGAUCUAGACGACUUCAACAACCAUUGCUGCACGGAGCCGUCGCCAUUGCUGCGCGCGGCGGGCAGGGCGCUCGGCCGCUCUGUACCCUCGCCACCCACUACUGCCUGCGAGAGACCACCGGAGCCGGUGACACCAGCUCCACCCACCACUACCACUGUUGAAUCUGAUGGGUCUCUAGGCGGUGGCAGUCAUGAUCACAACCACGAUCAACACACAUCAACGACCUGGCCGAACUGGACACCUGCUGCCACGACACCAAUCACGACACAGACGUGGUGGCCUCCUGCAACCACCACUACUACCACCACCACAACGAAACGACCUGUUACCACUACAAAGCGUCCGGUUACCACUACAAAGCGACCCGUUACCACUACGAAACCAGCUGACAGUGGAAGCAUUGAGGGUGGUUCGUGCGGAGCUGGUGAAUACAGUGCGGCUCCAGGAGAUUGUGAAGGCUACCUGCAGUGCGAGGGAGGACAGUGGCGUAAACAUAGAUGUGCUCCUGGGUUGCACUGGGCUGCUAGCGUUAACCGAUGUGACUGGCCCAGCUUCGCUAAAUGUACAGCUACAGCUAGUAGUGCAGCGAGUACAGCAACGUCUACACUGGCUCCGAUGACGUCACGACCUCCUCCUAGACCGACUACCAGGCGCACCACGACUACAACUACAACUACUACAACAACGACAACCACAACGACGACUCGAAAACCAACCACUAAACCAACUACAGUUGCGGAUACAACCGGGGUGUCAGAAGGACAGUCUUGCACUGGAGAGGUGUACGAGGCAGUGCCCAGUGACUGCAAUGCGUACUUGCACUGCGACGGCAACACGUGGCGCCUCCAGCACUGCGCGCCCGGCCUGCACUGGAGCCCGCUACAGAAGCACUGCGACUGGCCCAAGUACGCCAAGUGUCAGGGUUCAACAGCAGUAAUUACCACAACAAGUCCUAGGCCUACCCGACCACCCACAACAACCACUACGGCUUCAGGGCCGUCAGACAAGCCCAGAGAAGAUGGAGAAUGCAGUGGCACUGAUAUGCAUGCGUCGGCGUCUACUUGCGACUCGUACUUGCUCUGUGUAAGCGGGCACUGGCGCAAGCAGCUGUGCCCCCCUGGACUACACUGGGACAAACGCACCAACCGCUGUGACUGGAUCGAAUUCGCUAUGUGUGAUGUGAAACCGUCCGCAACAAAAUCUCCAGUACCAGUACCUACAACUUCAACAACUAGAAAACCAACAACUACCAGGCGGACUACGACCACAAGUAAAAGACCUAUCCUUGACGAACCACGAAAACCUGAAAAGGGCUGCAUCACGGGCACGUACCACGCGCACCCCAAGUGCGAGAAGUUCUACGUGUGCGUGAACAACGCGCUGGUGAGCCAGAGCUGCGCGCCCGGCCUCGUGUGGCGCCCCGACCGCACGCAGUGCGACUUCCCCAGCGCCGCGCUCUGCACCGACCGCCGCCACGGCGUCUCCUCGCCUAUUGUCGACGCCACCAACACUGGCUCCGAGCAGUUGCAGGAGGAACAACCAGUUUAUUGUGAGAAUGGACAAUAUGCCGCUGUACCAACUGACUGUUCCCGUUACCAGCACUGCUUGUUUGGUAAAUUCGAAGACUUUUCUUGCAGCGCUGGACUUCACUGGAAUCAAGAAAAGCAAAUUUGCGAUUGGCCUAAAAGCGCAAAGUGUAAAGUGAAGAUACCAUCAACUACAACGACAACGUCUCGACCAGUUGAAAUGGAUCCCAUUGUACCUGAAGUUCCUGAAAUAGAAGAACCUGAGAAACCGAUCAUACCAUCUAAACCGAUCAGCUCUGCACCAUCUACUGGCACGCAACCGGAAAUUUCAACAAAACCAGAUCUCCUAAAAAGCCGAUACAAGCUCGUAUGUUACUACACGAAUUGGUCGUGGUACAGGCCCGGUAUCGGCAAGUAUUCCCCUGAAGACAUCGACCCCAGUCUCUGCACCCACAUCAUUUACGGUUUUGCCGUCUUAGGAGCCGACGGCCUUAUCACCCCACACGACACAUGGGCUGAUUUAGACCACAGGUUUUAUGACCGUGUGGCGGAGUUCAAAAGACAUGGUAUAAAGGUAUCGCUCGGUCUCGGAGGAUGGAAUGACUCGGCUGGUGACAAAUACUCCAAAUUGGUGAACGACCCAGCAGCUCGUGCAAGAUUUGUUACUCACGUUGUUUCAUUCGUUGAAACACACGGAUUUCAAGGGUUAGAUCUGGAUUGGGAAUAUCCUAAAUGCUGGCAGGUCGAUUGCUCAAAAGGUCCAGAUUCUGACAAAGAAGCCUUUGCUGAUUUAGUCCGAGAAUUAUCAGCUGUGUUCAAACGCAAAGGUUUGUUGUUAUCCGCGGCAGUGUCUCCUAGUAAGAUGGUGAUCGACGCCGGAUAUGACGUGCCUGUACUGGCCCGGCAUCUGGACUGGAUAGCUGUUAUGACGUAUGACUACCACGGACAGUGGGACCAAAAGACUGGUCAUGUCGCUCCCUUGUAUUAUCAUCCUGAAGACGACAAUACCUAUUUCAAUGCUAAUUACACAAUGCACUACUGGAUCAAGAAAGGCGCUCCGCCAUCGAAGCUCGUGAUGGGCAUGCCCAUGUACGGACAGACGUUCACUAUUGAUAAUAGAGCCGUCCACGGGCUCAAUGCGCCUGCGACGGGAGGCGGCUCACCCGGAGAAUACACCAGGGCUAAGGGCUUCUUGGCUUAUUACGAGAUCUGUGAGCGAAUCAAAUACAAUGGCUGGACUGUGGUCAAAGAUCAAAUGAACAGCAUGGGCCCGUACGCGUACAAAGACAACCAAUGGGUAUCAUUCGACGAUCCCGAUAUUAUCAAGAGGAAGGUCAACUUUAUCAAAUCAUUGGAUUUAGCCGGUGGUAUGGUUUGGGCUCUUGACCUUGACGAUUUUAGAAACAGGUGCGGUCAAGGUAAACAUCCAUUAAUGAACGCUAUUAAAAAUGGCCUACUGGAGCAGCACGUUGAGGAAGAAAAACCUAUACUGUCGGAUGAACUGCCUGAACCACCGAACUCUAUCGAUGAAGAUUUCGAUAUCCAAGUGAAACCAAUCCAACCACGGCCGCCGAAGCCCGCGCAAACUACUCAAGCGCCGAUACAGACUACGAAGAAACCUUCGACUGCACCUAGCUACACGGAUGAGCGAUACAAAAUUGUGUGUUAUUACACCAAUUGGGCGUGGUACAGGCCUGGGUCUGGAAAAUUCACACCAAGCGACAUAGAUCCAUCUUUGUGUACGCAUAUCGUAUAUGCCUUUGCGGUCCUCGACAGCGCCCGGUUGGUGAUCAAACCACACGACAUCUGGCUGGAUGUUGAAAAUAAAUUCUACGAAAAAGUAGCAGCUCUUAAAAGUGAAGGCAUCAAAGUCGUCCUUGGUUUGGGCGGGUGGGACGACUCGGCGAGCGACAAAUACUCGCGACUCGUCAACAGUGCUUCAGCUAGAAGAAAGUUCAUAGUCCACGCCGUUGACUUCGUCGAACAAUAUGGAUUUGAUGGAUUAGACCUCGACUGGGAAUAUCCGAAAUGCUGGCAGGUGAACUGUGAAAAAGGACCGAAUUCCGAUAAACAAGGCUUUGCUAAUCUAGUGAAAGAAUUACGUGCUGCGUUUACACCUCGAGGUCUACUCUUAUCCGCUGCAGUUUCGGCGAGUAAACGAGUGAUAGACGCAGGAUAUGACGUACCGACGUUAUCAAGGAAUUUGGACUGGAUUUCGUUGAUGACUUACGACUAUCACGGCCAAUGGGAGAAGAAAACAGGACAUCUAGCACCGAUGUAUGCUCAAGAAGAUGAUGACGAUAUGACAUUAAAUACCAAUUUCACAAUCCACUACUGGAUGAACAAGGGUGCACCCAAAGAGAAACUUAUAAUGGGAGUACCAUUUUAUGGUCAAUCGUUCUCGUUGAUGGAAAAUGUUGGUACUGAUAUCGGAGCUCCUACUUACGCCGGCGGUGAGGCUGGCGAUGAGACUAGAGCGAGAGGAUUCCUUGCAUUUUAUGAGAUAUGUGACCGCAUAAGAAUGAAGGGUUGGGAGGUGUCUCGUGAUCCGGGUGGUCGUAUGGGACCUCAUGCCACGAUGCAGGAUCAGUGGGUCUCCUUCGACGACGACUACAUGGUUAGACACAAAGCUGAAUACGUUAGAGCCAUGGGCCUGGGCGGUACUAUGGCGUGGGCGCUAGAUUUAGACGACUUCACUGGACGGUAUUGCGGCUGUGGAAAGUUCCCACUAUUAAAGGUUAUGAACUUCGUACUACGUAACAAAGAAGUUCCACCUCAGUGUUCGCUUGAAGAAAUCAAGGCACCUCCACCGCCUGAAACAAUUGACGAAAACCCUAUCGAUUCCCCAAUAUCGGAACCAGAAACACCGUCUAAACCUCAAGAUGUACAACAUGAUACCGAAGAUUCUGGAUCAAACUUAGACGGAAAAUCGUGUUCAGGCACCGUGUUCAAAGCCGACGAAACUGACUGUACGAAAUACUACUUGUGUAUUAACGGAGAGUUCACGCAAUUGACUUGCCCUGAUCCGCUUCAUUGGAAUAAGAAUCACUGCGACUGGCCAGGAAAAGCAAGAUGCAAUACUAAAUCGCAGCUGAGAAUUACUGGACAUGGCGGUCAAGAAAGUCAACCGGAGAGACCUAUCGUAGCAUGUUAUUUCACUAAUUGGGCAUAUUACAGAAAAGGCAAUGGCAGCUUCGGUCCUUCGGAAGUUGAUCCAUUACUGUGUACUCAUAUUAUUUACUCCUGGGCACAUUUGGAUGGUUCGACAUACAAAAUAGUACCAGGAAUUCCAGAACUCGAUAUUGAAAACGAUUUCUACGGAAAAAUGACCGAAUUACGCCAAACUGGAAUCCAAAUGAUCCUCGGUGUUGGCGGGUUAGCAGAUUCGGAAGAUGACAAAUGGAGAGAGAUGACGUCAUCUCCCGAAUAUAGAAGGGUUUUCAUUGAUUCCGUUUUCAAAGUAUUGCAAAAAUGGAAGUUUGACGGAGUACAAAUUGCUUGGCAAUAUCCAGUUUGCAAACAGGCCCCGUGCACAGACGUAUCCCAUAUGGCUGACAGGGACAACUUCGCGGACCUCCUCUCUGAAUUGUCGAAGACUCUACAUCAUUACGACCUUGAACUCUCUGCCAUGGUAUCCGCUAGCCCUGAAAUAGCUGCACUGGCCUACAAGCACCACGUGCUGACGACGGAACUGGACUGGAUCUCUAUCGCGGCCAACGAUUACUUCGCUUCGUCUUCUGGAAGAACAGCGUAUUUAGUGCCAUUGAAGAGUGAUAUUAAUGGAAUUAACAGCUUUAACUCAUCUCUAUCAUACUGGACGAAUGUAGUGCCUCCUCGGAAACUAGUAUUAGGUGUGCCGGCGUAUGCGCGUACCUACACACUACGCAGUGCCUCUAACACCAUGGUCGGCGCGCAAGUCGCCAGUCCUGGAGAGCCUGGACAUUUCACGCAAGUUCCUGGUCUACUGGCAUAUUAUGAGAUAUGCCGCGCGCUUCGUUCGCAUGAGUGGAAGGAAGUCCAGUCCGAAGAAGGCACGUACGCCACGAGCGGGCGGCAGUGGGCGUCGUACUUGCGUCCUGGCGAGGCGCACGCGGCGGGCGCGGCGGCGGCGCGGGCGCGCGCGCGCGGUGCGGCGCUGUGGGCGCUCGACCUGGACGACUGGCGCGGACAGUGCGCCUGCGCACCACGACCCGUGCUCACUGCUUUACGGCAAGGACUUCUCGACCCCGCUCUGCCUCCGACUCUAUGCCUUUACAAAUAGAUCUACCUCUGUGGUGCCAGGGCCGCGGGUCUGUGUUAGACCCAAUCUACAAAAUGUAUAAAACGUAUUUUACAUUUUUUCUCAAUGUCAGGUGAUGCUCUGGCACUCCUCUCAUGUCUGUUGGCCUCGUUCCGAGGCGAUAAGGUCCUGGUUAACUACUGUACAUUCUUAAAAGAUACGUAUUUCUGGUGUCUACAAUUUCAAAGAACCAAAAUUAAAAUUAGUAAUGCGUAUUAUAUACCUCUACAUUUGUAAUUAUAUUUUAGAAAGUAAAACGUACUUAUGUAGGUGUGAUCUGCUUUAAAAAAGACUUGGUAAUUUUAAGUGUCUUAACGAAAAAUGUAUUAAUAAAUCAUUGUGAUAUUUCGGGUUAAUAUGUUUUGUAAUACACUUAAAGUAUUAUGACAAUUCUUUGACUUUUACUCGACUAUUUAGAUUAUUACGAGUAAACUCUUACUGUAGGUAACAUUGAGUAAAAGUGCAAGGACCAAGAUCUUUAAGGACAUACUAAAUGUAUUAUUCAGUACGUCAUGCGUCUAAGUGAAUAUUUAAUAUUUAAUUUCUCCAUCAUGGAUCAUCAUUUCUUUAUUUAACGAAAUAAAAUAUCAUAAAAACUACACCUACGACUACCCAUUUUCUUUUAACGUAAAAAGUUAUAAACUGUCAUUUUUUCCUAUUGGCAGAGUCCAUAAUAUGUGCUUGUAAUAAUAUAGGUCAUAUUGUUGUUUAUUCCGCUUCGAGAUACAAGGAAACAAGCAAAAUCACAAUGCAUUUAUGGAAAAGAGGUUAAUUCACAAUUAUAUGUAUAAAGAUUUAAUAUCACAUUUUACAACAAUUAUGAAUAAACAUAUUUUUUGUAUUAA